AAUAAUUAUAAUUUUUCAAGAAAAUGUCGAAAUACGAUAAGGCCUUGACAGUCUUUGCACCCGAUGGCAACCUCUCUCAGGUACAAUAUGCCUUCGAAGCUGUUGAGAAAGGAACCUCUACAAUUGGAAUAAGAGGUAAAGACUGUGUCGUCCUCGGAGUCGAAAAGAAAUCCGAGGUAUCUUCAAAGAACAAGAGUAAGUAUAAGCUCCAAGAUCCAAGAACUAUCAAGAAAAUUUUGCCGAUUGAUGAACAUGUCUCUCUCACAUUCGCAGGGUUGCAGGCUGAUGCUAGAAUUUUAGCAAAUAGAGCCAGACUCGAAUGCCAGAGUUAUAGGUACAACAUGGAAGAUGUACCAACAGUUGAUUAUAUUGCUAAAUUUAUUGCCAGAAUCCAGCAAAAGUAUACCCAGAGAAACUCAGUAAGGCCUUUCGGAGUUUCGUGUCUGGUCAUUGGAUACGACGAAGAAGAGAAGGCUCCUCGUCUAUUGCUGACUGAACCCUCUGGUGCUCACUCUUCAUGGAAAGCUCAUGCCAUUGGUAGAAACUCAAAAUCAUUGAAGACUUAUCUUGAGAACAACUAUGAAGCAGAUCUUGAUGAAGACAAAGUCAUUAGACUUGCAGUGGAAACCCUGCUUGAGUCAGUCGAAAGUGAGAAACACAUCGAAAUUGCCAUUAUGAGAGAGGACCACAAGACCGAGAAAAUCGACUCAGAAGUCAUUGAUAAAAUAGUUGAGGAGAUAAAGAAAGAGAGAGAAGAAAAUUAG